AUGGUACAGGUUUUGGCCUAUCGAUUCUUCAGCGGCAUCUUUGACGGCUUCACAGUCACUGCGGGCGAUCCGAUUCAGCGAUACUGGGCUCGUGUCCACCCGCUAAACGAGAGCUUGUUUUCCGUGAUCGGGCUUGUCGUUUUCAGUGUGGCUCUGUAUGUGACGAAAAGCAUUGGUUUGGGCUGGAGUUGGCAUCGCGUUAUCGCGUGGACGACCGUGUCAGUGAUUGUUUUGGACGCCAUCGUGGGGAUGCUAACGAUUUGGGACGUUUUGCGGAGCCAGUGGUUCUGGUUGGGCACUCCGAUCUUGGAGGAACUUCCACAGGCUAUGAAUUUCCUUGUGUCCACAUUUGUUGUGGUGGAGCUAGCCGAGCUUGGUAAUGAAGCUGCUGUCUAUGGCUUACUGACGACGGUGAGCAACCUAUCCAGUCCGUUCGCCUCGUGCAUCUCCAAAAAUGUCAACGCGCUUUUCGACGUGGGUGUGGCUGACAUUAUCCGCGACUCAAAGCACGGGCUGCUGGCGCAUAUUGAGGUCGUGAAGCCCGAGAACGAGAUCACAGAGGCGCGGCUUGUUAGUGACGCGAAAGCACUCGGGAUUAUUGCGCAAGGCGUGGAACUACAGCACCAGACUAAGAUCCGUUUCGCGACGCGUGCGCUGCAAGCGUGGAUUACGCUUCGAGAGUUCUACAACCGUUCCACUCUGCACAACCGUGUCACGCUGACACGCCGUCUGCACGAGUUUAAAAUGGAGAACGGUUCUACAAUGUCCAAGCAUUGA